GGCAUUGAAAGUUGUUUUAAAGACCAAAAGUCUACAACAGUACAACAGUCCGGAGAAUAUAUUCUGCAGCUCCUCGGGAAACAGGUGUUUGUUGGGUGCAACAAGUGAAGAAAAUCAGUCUAGUUCAGGACAGAGAUGCUAACACUUUAGCGGCUAGCGUUGGUCAGGUGCAGCGACCGCCCUCCUCCUCACCUCCAGGCUGUUUCUCUCCCGGGACUGUUGACCACGACAGGUCCCAUCCUCAGACUGACGCCAAAUCAAGUCUAUUUACAACGAGCCCGUUUACACACAGGUAAAAGGCACUUCGUUGGGAGUAUAUUACAUGGGGAUUAAGACUGAUAGGAGUACAGCGCCAAGGAAGAUGCUGCAUAUUAAUGGCAGAACAUCAGAACAUUUUGACACUGAACAUCAAGGAGCCGUACAUCUCAGAGGGAAAGGGCCCAGUAGGUGUAGCUGACCUUUGUGAGAAAUGUUGGAUGUAAUCCUGAAACGGUUCAACAUUGACACUUACCACCACUCAUCUUUUUUAAUGCACGGGAUAGAAGAUCUGACGUGUGAAGAGAAGACAGUGAGUAAGGACCGCGCUACGGAGAGGAACUGCAUAACUCUGACUGCUUCUCCUGGUGUGUAAGCCGGUGGGCUCCAGUAUCACAGCUAAUGACUGUCCCUCGGGUGGCUGGACUGCAGGGCUGAGCAGGAGGCCUGUGUGUUCGCUGAGGGGGUGCCCCGGCUUGUAUGUUGGUCACUUGCAGUUGCACUCGCUCACAAGGACCAUGUGGUUUUCUCCAAGGAGAAGUCGUUUCCCCCCCUCGCAGAACUGGCACAGUGCCCACAGUUGCACCAAUUUCAACGUGUCUUUGUGGGUAUUAAGUUUUUGCUGGUGCUUUGUGGCCGUCAGAGGUCAGAACUACCACCCCACUGUGAACACGCAGUAUGGAAAACUCCGAGGGGUGAGGGUGCCCCUGCCUAGCGAGAUUCUGGGGCCGGUGGACCAGUAUCUAGGGGUUCCAUACGCCGCCUCCCCAGUGGGAGAAAAACGCUUCAUGCCCCCGGAGCCUCCCUCCUCCUGGUCAGGGAUCAAGAACGCCACUCACUUUGCUCCUGUCUGCCCCCAAAAUAUUCACAACGCUGUGCCAGAGAUCAUGAUGCCAGUAUGGUUCACCUUCAACCUGGAUAUAGUUACUACAUACAUACAGGACCAACACGAGGAUUGUCUUUAUUUAAACAUCUAUGUUCCAACAGAGGAUGACAUACGAGAUACUGGGGCCAAGCCUGUGAUGGUCUACAUCCACGGAGGAUCCUACAUGGAGGGGACGGGCAACAUGAUCGAUGGAAGCGUCCUGGCCAGCUACGGAAAUGUCAUCGUUAUCACUCUCAACUACCGCGUCGGAGUCCUCGGCUUCCUCAGUACUGGAGACCAGGCUGCUAAAGGGAACUACGGGCUCCUGGACCAGAUCCAGGCUUUAAGGUGGAUCAGCGAGAACAUCGGCUUCUUCGGAGGAGACUCUAACCGCAUCACUGUCUUUGGUUCUGGGAUCGGAGCUUCCUGCGUCAGCCUACUCACCCUCUCCCACCACUCUGAAGGUCUGUUCCACAGAGCCAUUAUCCAGAGCGGGUCAGCCCUUUCCAGCUGGGCAGUGAACUACCAGCCGGUCAAGUAUACACGUCUCCUGGCGGAGAAGGUGGGCUGUAAUGUCCUGGACACCUUAGACAUGGUGGACUGUCUGAGGAAGAAGAGCUCCAGGGAGCUGGUGGAGCAGGAUAUACAACCAGCGAGGUACCACGUGGCCUUUGGACCUGUAAUCGAUGGUGAUGUCAUCCCUGACGACCCCGAGAUCCUUAUGGAGCAGGGCGAGUUCCUCAACUACGACAUCAUGCUGGGGGUCAACCAGGGCGAGGGGCUGCGGUUUGUGGAGAAUGUGGUGGAUUCAGAGGACGGCGUAUCUGGAAAUGACUUUGACUUCUCUGUGUCAGACUUUGUGGACAGUCUGUACGGGUACCCAGAGGGCAAGGACACACUGAGGGAGACCAUUAAGUUCAUGUACACAGACUGGGCAGACAGAGACAAUCCAGAGACCAGGCGCAAGACGCUGGUGGCUCUGUUCACCGACCACCAAUGGGUGGAGCCAUCGGUGGUGACAGCUGAUCUCCACGCUCGCUACGGCUCACCCACCUACUUCUACGCCUUCUACCACCACUGCCAGAGCCUGAUGAAGCCAGCCUGGUCAGACGCCGCUCACGGGGACGAGGUGCCCUAUGUUUUUGGAAUUCCUAUGAUUGGUCCCACUGACCUUUUCCCUUGUAACUUCUCAAAGAACGAUGUCAUGCUCAGUGCUGUGGUCAUGACCUACUGGACCAACUUUGCCAAGACUGGGGAUCCCAACAAACCGGUUCCCCAAGACACCAAGUUCAUCCACACCAAGGCCAACCGCUUUGAAGAGGUGGCCUGGUCCAAGUACAACCCCCAGGAUCAGCUGUACCUGCAUAUCGGCCUGAAGCCACGUGUGCGCGACCACUACCGCGCCACCAAAGUGGCCUUCUGGAAACACCUAGUGCCCCACCUGUACAACCUCCAUGACAUGUUCCACUACACCUCCACCACCACCAAAGUGCCCCCGCCGGACACCACCCAGAACACCUUGUCCACCAAGAGGCCCAACGGGAAAACGUCCUGGCCGUUCAACACCAAGAGGCCUCCCAUGUCCCCAGCCUACAACAGUGAGGACAAAGACUCAUGGAGCGACGACGAGGAGACAGGGCCGCUGGUGGUGGAGAACCCGCGGGAUUACUCCACAGAGCUCAGUGUCACUAUCGCUGUGGGAGCCUCGCUGCUGUUCCUCAAUGUGCUGGCUUUCGCAGCCCUCUACUACCGCAAGGACAAGCGGCGGCAGGACUCCGGCCACGGGCAGCCCAGCCCGCAGCGGCAGACCACCUCCAACGACAUUGGCCACCACGCGCCGGAGGAGGAGAUCAUGUCGCUGCAGAUGAACCAGACACACCAUGAGUGUGAGGCGGGGAACAGCAACGAGGGGGCACUGCGCUUGGCCUCGCUGCCCGACUACACGCUCACUCUGCGGCGCUCCCCCGACGACAUUCCCCUCAUGACCCCCAACACCAUCACCAUGAUCCCCAAUUCCCUGGUGGGCAUGCCCAACCUGCACCCCUACAACACCUUCACGACCGGCUUCAACUCCACCGGCCUGCCGCACUCCCACUCAACCACCCGCGUAUAGCUUUAAGGAGGCCUGGGGGCAGCCAGCGCAGGCGGGGGAGGAAGAGGCGGCGGUGGUGGUGGAGGAGGAGGAGCAGGAAGAUGAACGAACGGAGGAAAGGAUUGUGUUUUAUAAAUAUCACAGGGAGGGGGAGGGCUGCGAGGGGGAGGGGAGGGGAAGGGCAUGAGUCGGAUUAAAACGUGAAGAGAUUUAACUAGACUUUUACUACGAGGAGAGUUGCUGAGAGCUCUCUAUGGAUGUCAAGUUGUGCAGAGCUGCCAAAAUCAAACUGCUUCCCUUCUCCUGAUCGGGGGAGGGAGUCUUUCUGCAGUGUUUUUUUCUAAAAUAAUCAUUUUAAAAGCCUUUUUAAGCAGACUGAGGAGAUAUCAACACAUUUUUUUCUUGAAUUCAUAACAAAAACAAAGAGAAGUGCUUUUUAUUUCCCAUCUCUUGCUCCUGCGGGAGACACAUCUCAAACAAUGGCCUCUACGUCAAUAUUUGCGAAAUGUUUUUAAUUGCUUCUUUGUUUUGUUUUACGUUUCAAUGCCUUACUAAGCUUAUUCUUUUUUGUCAUUAUUUCUAUUCCCUGAGACUAUUCCAAGUGGAGUGUGUUACAAGCCGAUGAGACUCAAAGAUGAGAGACUGAAUCCAGGAUGGGAACCUAGAGGAUAUGCAGAUGUAGAGAUUUUAAACCCAUUUUGGGCAACUCAUUUUUUCUUUCUGUUGCGUACCAACACAACAGCCACACAAAUGGUGUUAUCUUUUUUUUUAAUCUCGUAUAGAAAUUAUUUGUCUGGGACAGCUCUUGCCGGGAGAUGAGAAGGCAGAGAUAAAUACUAUGUUACUGUGAUUGUUUUGUUAAGAAAAAAGUGCAUCUUUUACAGCCAAUUUAUCUGUUAAGCUAUCUGAUAAUAUCUCCACAAAGUGUGCACGUACACAUGCUGCUUAGAGCACCUGUGUGUUUGUGUGCAUGUGAAAAUGAUUUCUCGUUUCUUGCGUGCAAGCACGGUUAAGAGGCUGAGAUAAAGGAAGAGACACAUUGUCGGAACUUGCAAAAGCGAGAGUGGUGAGUGAGUGAGGCUGUAUGUGUGUGAGUGAGAGUGUGUGAGAGAAUGCGUGUGCGUGUGUGUGUGUGUGUGUGUGUGUGUGUGUCCGUGCACCUGUUUUUUUGUUUGUAGGUUGUAUAAUGUGGUUUCUGGGUGGGUGGGGGCUGAGUACUUUCUCAUGUUGUUGAUUUUGGUUCACCACCAGUAGUGUUUCUGCUGCGUCUCUGGGUGUCUGUCUUUGCGAAAUAGCACUUUUGUUAUUUUCAAAGUUAUAUAUGUCUAAUUUUGCUUAAAGAUUACAAAAUAAAUCUAUUAUUUUACGUGUAAGAGAAAAAAAAUAGCUAAAGAUUCAACUGAACUAACUGACAUGAUUCCAUUGACUUUGUAAGAGUUCCUCUUAAAAAGCAGACAGUGGCCUGUUUGCACUGAAUAAACCUACAUCAGUGCACACUUGUUUUUCUUUGAAUAUAUAUAUAAAUAUGGGCAUACAUACAUAUAUGUAUAGGGCUUCUAUGGAGAUAUCACUCCCACUUACAAAACAAUUAAAACACUGUUUAGACUACAAAACACAAAUCAUUUCUAUGUAUUGUUGUUGUCAUUUGCAACAUCCUAAGCCAAGACCACUCUAGGUGUCUUUGUAAGAGCUCUAUAUGUAUAUUUAUGUAUAAAAUAUUUAAUAUUUAUUUAUGUAUACCAGAUGCAUACAUGCUGAUUGUGCCAUGUGCCAAAUUAAAACUGUAAAAAAUGAAGAAUAUAAAGUUUCACAAAACUUGAUCAAAGUUCUUUUCCUCCCUUUUAUGACUUUUUAUUAUUUCCAUUUUGAAUGAGUUAAAAAAGAAAUAUUCUUGCAGCAAGUGCAAGUCUCCCCCCAGGACUUCCUCUCUACCUCCCUCUUCCUCUCUCCUCCUCCUCCCUCUCUCCUUUUCUCUCUCGCUGAAACCUUUGAGAAAAACAGGCUAACAGCUUGGGGCCUAUCUGCGUGCAUAACUCCAGAUUUUACUGUAAUUCAUGCAAAGUAGUACUGCAGCGAUGGGAGAUUGUGAAAAGAUUGCCUUGAUGUACUCGCAUUGCAUGCUAUUAUAUGUUAUUCUCGGGGAGAAAACUGGAGUUAUUGACUCUGCGAGUAAAACUGACAAUUUUCAUUAAGUAUCUUGGCGUAGCACAGAUUGUCUCCUGCGUUACAGCAAAGUGCAGUAAUGCAACCUGACCAGUGAUCCUAGAUCAGUGUUGCAAUUUUUAGGUACUUCAUGCACAUGGACCUCAACAUUUUUAUGAAGUAUUCCAUUACAACUUCCCCAGGUAUUUAAUGAUUGGAGACGCAGCCGAGUGAGACAGUCUGGUCAGCUCAUCACCGAUCCUGCCAGUAGCAGAAAGAGAGAAGGGGUUAUUUGAGGGAAAUUGCUUGGAGACUGAUCUAUAUGAGUCAUCUUGUUUUUGCUCAUCCUGCCUUAUAUGGGGCUCACCUCCUAAUCAGCCACCGUCUUCAACUGAGCCGCAGCCACUAAGAAAGAAACAAGCAGUGGGUUUCUACCUGGAGCUGUCUCAUACAUACAGAAACAUUUAAUAAUGUCUCUGUGCUUGUGCUUAUGUUAGAGUAGGAGUAGACGAUGCAAAUAGUCAAACUUGUUUCAGUAGCAGUAAUAUCAGUGGUACCUUGUUUUCUGGCAUAAAAUGAACAAACAUGGCAUCGAUGGCAUUCUGAUGAGCAAAAAUAUUUUUUAAUUGCUCCUGACUACAAAAUGGAUGUGAACCUGUCUUAUUGGAAUAUGUCCUUAAAUAUUUGAUUCACCCAAAUUACUUAAAAACACAUUUUUCUAACCUAUUGUGGCAUCCAACCAUGCAGAACGUUUUGGUUUUGUUUGUCAAGGUUUAGAGAAAUGUGUCUCUUUCUGCAGCCAUCCCAAUAUAAAGGAAGGGAAUGGAAUUUCAUUUGUGGUGCUCACGGCAUUAAAAAAUAAGAAAAACUGUGACAUCUAUUACUCCGGAUAAACACACUUCUCUAAUUCAACUGUUUUUAGGGACAAUUUCUUUGGUAGAAAGUAGUUCCAAUAAAAACUGUUCACAGCAAGGUCUGGGGAUUAUUCAGAGUACCAGGGACAUUCUUUCAGAGAAACAAGUUCCUGUUGAAUUCUUUAAAGCUGCUAUGAUCAAUAUAUUGUAUUAUGCUACUGUAUUAUACUAACAAUGCUUCAAAUGACUACUUGUGCGUGAAAGAGGGUCGCUCACAAACCCACAGAUAGUUAUCCCCAGACUCUGCAGUCCCCCCUGAGCUUUACAGAGCAUUAUAGUAUCUUUUAGCUCAUUGUUUUAUGCAACUUGACUUCAACUUUUUGGUUCCUUUCACCGCUCUCAUAGUGUACCAUCCAGAUGCAGUAGGUAGUUGUUCUGAGCAAAAAAAAAGCUCUAAUCCACUGUACGAUACCUGCCCAACUCCAAACGGCAGAGAGACUAAAUUAGCGACUAGCUGGUGAACACAGUGAAGCAUUUAGCAGCUAAGGUGGUGAGCAAAAUAGACCUCAACAAAAGGUGAUAAUAUGUCAGUGUCAAAAAAAUCUGUUAGGUUAAAUUAUAAUUUUUUAAGCUGUUAGCACCACAAACAACAUUUCGUCCACCAUUCCUUUCAUUACUGAAUCAUUAUUUAUUAUAAGCACAAUCCAUCUGCUGAUGAGAUGUGGCUGACUACUCCUGAACAUUUUACAGUAAGUACACCAUGUGCACCUGGAAGAUUCUUUUUGUUUUGUUUUUUUGUUGUUGGUAAUUUGGGUGACAGGAUAUGACUCAAAGUAGACUUUCUCCUCGUCUGAUCCAUCUGUAGUGGUGGGAGGUCAAUUUCCAUUGGCUCCAACACACACACACACACACAUACAGUGGCACAGGGCUAAAAUUGAGUGGUGGAGUUGAGAGUGAACUAUCAAAGGGAAGAAAUGUCAUGGGAGGGCAACUUGUUUUUUGCCAUGUAAUUUUCCCAUAUGCCGUUAAGGCAGAGCAGAUGUUACUGAGUAUUGGCAAGGGUAGACCUGUUGGCCUCGGGGACACAGUUUGGGAUACAUGGCCCUGUGAAGAGCCACAUAAUUAAGUGCCGGACCAAAGGGGAAGACCAUGGAAAGUGCAGUGCUGUGGUGCAGCGAGAGAAAACAGGGUCAAACUCGUUCAGCAAUCAGUCACCUGAAGGCUUGAUGAAAUCAAACUUCCUAUGACAAGAAUCACCAGCAGUAGAAAAAUGGGACAGUUAUGAGCAAGACACUUUUCCACAGUUGAGAUUUGUUUGCAGUUCAGUGAGUGUGUUUCGAAAGUGACAUCAUUCAAGUAUUGGCUGGAAUACCCCGAUGGGGUUUGUGACUGCCUCGACAGCACUGAAGACAAACCCAACCUAGGAAAUGGAUGUGCCAAAUUACACAGUGCCACCCGCUGGGAGAGAGCUGCAGGUGUGUGUGUGUGGGUGUCCAUGUGUGCAGGUAGUGAGAAUUUUAUUUCUAUCACGGUGAGCGUGUUGUUACCUAUAUUUCCUCUCACCCUCUCCUUCACCCUCAUCUCUCUCUUCCUGUGUCUCAAUCAUCUUUGCUCUCUUCUUCAGUUUUCAUGCGUUUUUUUUUUUUAGCCUCCCUUGCACAAAAUGCAAUCUGAGCAGCUCUACCUCUGUCUCACGCAGACAUGACUCGCCUAUUUUCUCUUUCUUCCAUAAUCUGGACUACUGACUCAUUUCCAAUCAUUUAAGGUCUAAUUUUCUUGAAUUACUAUGUUUCUCUGCUGACUAAGAAGCCAAUUAACAUUACUUAUUGGGAAACAGAGUAGAACCAGUCACUGAACCAAAACUUUUGUAGUCUAAAUUUAAAUAGCCUGUUUUUCUCCAAAGGGAAAUCAUUCUGCAUUUUUGUCAAAACAUCAAUAAUUUAUUAUUUCCAUGUGAAAAACGCACUCUGGACAAUUUUCUUUUGUACCCAUAGAGCAUAGACAAAUCACUGGCAUAUUUUUCAGGUUUUCCUAACAAGGAGCAUCAAGCACUGGAGCUUUUAUGGUGGCAUCAAACGCAGAUACUGUAACACAUUUUUCACUAGAACCUAGGACUGAAAUCAACAAAACCAAUGGUCUUUGAGCCCAAAUACAUCAUGAUAAAUCUCUGUUAUCUCAGUGUCAUUGUACAGAUUACUAAAGAUGCCCUGUUACUUCUAUGUUUAUGUCCAUAGAAUGUAUUUAUAAUCGCGCAAACUGGAGUAAUCAAAAUAAAAUAUCUAUUCUUUCUGUA